CCCGACUUGGUCCAACCACUCUCUCCGAAGUGUUCCUUUUUUAUCCCUUGUCCUUUAGAUCUUUAGAAUGAUGCCGUCUGCUGCCAGGUUGGCUUGAUUCUUAUCUCACUUACCUCCUCCUUAUACGUUUUUCCUUUCUUUUAGCCCCCCUCGACGCCUGUAGCUUCAUUGCUCUCGGCUAGCCUUAAGGCCGUGACGCCACCUUCACAUUUUUUUAUGCGUACCCGAACCAUUCUCCCUUAUUCGUUCCCAUUUCUACCAUGACCGCUACAUCGUCAGUGCCCUUUUCAACCAUGGAGACCCAGCUUCUUGAUGAUACGAUGGAACUAGGUUCUCCAUACCAGGGCCACGAUGAUUUCGACAUUGACCUGGACGCUAUGGAAGAUGGAGCCUCGAAUAUGGACGACGAUAUGAUGGUAGCAGAUGCAUACCCAGAGGUUCUUAAUGAGGAUAUCCCGGGGCCUAUGGACGAUGCAGAUAUGGCAGAUGACACUGCAGAGCCAUCCAUGGUCGACGCAUAUGGCCAGCCCCCCGCGACGAAUAACGCGACCCACGUGGAGUACAAAAUUGAAGAGUCGUUAGAGGCGGAAAUGGCAGACGAAUACGAUGAAGACAUCGAUGCUCCCUUUACGGGCUACGAAGAAGAAAUGCCUCCGAAUACCGAGGAAGCACAUAACGAGGAUGUUGAAGAUACGCACCUCACAGAGAAAGUAGAAGCCAUCGAAGGUGAACCUGAAGAGCAUGUAACCGAAUCCAAUCUUGAGGAACGGAGAGACCAAGAUCAGAUAGAUGAAAAUGCCGUUAACGAACCCUGUUUGACUACACCGCAGCUCGGCCACAAUGAUACUGGAGACGAUUCUGAGGUGCCUGCUGAGCACCAGGGCCAGCACGAGCAGGAACAGAGACAGGAACAGGAGUUCCAUGACCACACUAACAAAGCAGAAACGACAGUGGAUUCCCAAGAAGAACAUGCUGUCAAUGCUGGCCAAGAGGCACAUUUGAAGCAGCAUGAAAACGAGGGCCAGAAAGCCACUGAGCAGGAAUCUCUUGUUGACGAGGCUGCUCGGGUUGAGGAGACAGAGCCAACGGAAGCCGCGGGUCUCCAUGAAUCAGAUGAGCGGGAAGCCCAUUCCACUCCACAUACUGCUCUGCACCCAGUUAAGGUUUUGUACCAGGACAAUGAAAUUUCCUUAUUCCCUCCUCGGGAAGGUGACUACUCAGAAACUUUCUUCCUUGAAGAUGAGGGCCUUGCUUAUGAAGAUUUCGGGAAGCUUUUUGGAGCUUGUCGCGAGGUGCUUGGAGAACACCUUGGAGAACACGAGAUCUUGGUGGCGGAUAUUGAUUCUUUGAAUAUCCAACUACUGGAGGACUCCGUGGAUAUAUCGAAGGUGACCUUGCACCAGAUAGUCGAUCUGUAUCUGCAGCUUUCCCGUAAUGAUGGGUCCGAUGUACCGGAGCCCUUGUAUCUGACCCUGAGCGCAAGACUGACUCUCCCCACUGAAAUAUCAAAUCUGGUAACAGCUGCAAAUGAGGGCAAAGGGCUUUCUGAAUUAUUCCCUUGGGAUGACUAUGAGGAGGAAAAGCCUGCACCAGCAGAAGUUCCCAAAGAGGACCAGGAGCAAUAUCACGAAGAUCGCCCUCAGAAUGAUAUCGUUAAGGAGGAUGACCGCCAGGAUCAGGAUUUGAACGAAAAAGUCCCAGAUGUGGGAUCUGCUCACCAUACGCAAGACUCUAAUGAAGUGCACGAUGGGGAGGCGCAGCCGCAACCCGAUCCUGCCGUCUCUUCUGACGUCCACGAUGAAGAGGCUGUUGAGAUAAAUAUUGAAGAUGAAGACCAUGAUGGCCUUGAAGAGUACGAAACACGUGAGGAACAUGAAAGUGUCACUCAUACAGAUCAGCCUGGUAGCCAUCCUCAUUCUGUACAUGAAGAGCAUGAUGACGUUCCUGACGAAGGAUCGUAUGACUCGGAGGCGCAGAAAACCGAGUCUACAGCCACACUUUCUAACUUGCCUGCUUCUCAUUCAACAACCCUCCAACCCCAGGAGGAAUUCACAGAAAGCGCUACUGGUGAUGACAAAGUGGUGCAUGAUCAUACUGAUGAAGUCGAAUAUACCGGUGAUGUAAGAAACCCCGAAGAGGUAACUAAUGAAGAGAUUCCGGAACACUCUGACUACGCUGGAGUGUCUGAUGAUGAAUGCGCAAAUGCUGUGCCUGAUGAAACCGAACUAGCCGCCGACACCUAUCAACAACAUAUCCCCUCGGAAUAUGACGAACAGGAGCGCACCGGUGAAUCCGAAUUUACUAUUGUCUCAAGUGCUAUGGCGGACGAAGAAAAUGACGAGGAAGCCCGAGAACCUGGCAUUAACCAUGGCACACAUGCCAACGCUGACUCGACUUCCGACAUCGCUUCCCAGAAUCUACCACGGGAGACACCAGAGCCAACUGAUGGUCUGCUCGAUAUUGGCGAUGACUUGCUCAAGACCCCUGUGAAAGAUCCAAAUCCUCUGAGCACUGUGGGUACUAAAGAAAUGGAUGGACAGUCUGAUCACUUCGAGGAUGGAGAAGUCCAUGAAGAGACUGGCCAUUCUUUAUCUGCGGACGAUCAAAGCAAGGACGGAGAAACCUUCGAGGUUAAUGCCCCUUCGGCGGCGGGUACCCAUCCUGAGAAUGAAGAGAUCCUCAAGGAGGUAGACCGCAUAUCGCAAGGUGGUGAUAAUCCCGAAGAUGGAGAGAUCCGCGAAGAAUUUGACCACAAGUCACAAGUCGAUGCCACAAUAGAAGAGCAUCAUGGUUUGGCUCUUGGUAACGAUGAUGAUAGUGAUUACAUCGACCUCGGGAUCGCCGAACCUGAUUAUGGUGGUGAUGCGGAGCCGCCAAUCCCCCAGUCACCUAGUCGAGAUGAAAGCGUUUCCGCGAAACGUUCUCGCGAACUUGACGAGGAGUUUGAGAUGGCUGAGAUGCCCACCCCCGAUCUUAAGCGACCCCGUUCCUCAUGAUUUUUCCCUUUUCUCCCUCCUACCCUUCCCUUGAUCUGAAGGUUCGCCUUGGACAGGGAAUACCUAGUAUCUUUUUUUCUACCAUUCGAUCGGCCCCUCAGUAGGGUGUUGAUUUUGACAAUGGUGGCGUUUCCAAUCAACAGAAACGCCUGUACUAACAGCACGAACACGGUUCUAGCGACCACAGUCGAGUUAUUCAGAGAAAGAUGCAAGAGCAUCUAUGCAUUAUUUGUCUCCAGAAAAGAAAGGUACGUGAAAUUAAAACCCUUGUCCUUCUAAAUGCCCCGUUUAUGGGGUGUAUCGUCGACGCCACAUGUGAUCGAAGCAAUCUACAUGUGUCCAGGUUUGUGCACGGUCUGUUCUCUUCUUCUUCCCUACCUGCUUUUUCCCCUGUUUGUAUUUUGUUGUUUUUCUUUCAGUACAUGAGAUACCUUGUCUGAGUUCUGUAUGAUAAAUCACUGGCGUCCGUUGUGGCUAUCUUCGUCCCUCGAUACUGUACACUGCAUUUCGGAUAGCAUUCAAGGCGGUGCCGUUACCGUCUAUUGUCGAAGGGGAUAUUGGGAAAAGCGUGCUAUUAUUGCGCCUGUGAGAUAAUAUUUGUAUGUUCUAGGCCGUCUCCAUCUGUACAAGUUUUGCAGGCAUCGGACUUCUGUUCCGGUUACUGAGGACGUGAGACAGCGCUGCCGUCGAGGUGGGAGAUGUGGCAACAAGCGUCUGCUAGUAAUAUAUGAUGUGGGCACCUCUUUA